GGAUGCCCUACUUGCCACAGUGAACAAGCUGCAGCAGGCUUUACAGGAGCAGUGCGAGCUCAGAGUGGCGAAUGAGACAUUGAGGCGCAAUAUGGCAGUCUUGAGGCAACAAAGUAAAAGAACAGCAGAGGAUGGAAAGGCUGAGAUCCAACGACUGCUCUGUGAAAUGAAAGCACAGACAGAGAGCCACAAGAGGGGGCUAGAGACUGUAACGCAAGAGUGCCGGCGACAGCUGGCAGAGGCCCACAACGAAGGUUUUAGUCAACUGCAAGCCAAAGAGGCUGAAUUUAUGAAGUUAGUGGAGCAAAAGGAUCUGGAUCUGGAGGAGAUGAGCAGGAAGCUAAAGGACCAGGAGAGAAAACAGCAAAGUGAGCUUUUGAAGUUACAAGUGGAGUUUGGUGAAAAGUUGGGAAGAAUUCAGAAUACUGCUCAGAUGAGCCAAUACCAUCAGAAAAACCAUGACUCUGUUUUUACUGCACAACAUUUCUUCAAGAGGAAGCUGCAGUUCUUCCAGGAAGAGAAGAACAAGGAAAUUGGGGCUCUACGUCAGAGAAUAAAAGAGCUGGAAGACAGCCAGCAUACUGCCAGCCUCUGCAGCCGUUCGAAGAAAAGAAGGACCUAAAUUGUUUAAGGCUAAUAGUACUAAUGGGCGGCUGGCCAUGUCACCUCUGUAGGUUCGAGCAACAGUUCACUAGUCUUUAAAUUUUACAUUUCCAGAUUUUUUGAGUUCAGGUAUUUGACUUCUCACAGGGUCAUUUAACAAGAAAAUCAUCUCCCAUGCACCGUG